CCGUGCAGAGCCGCCAUGCCGGAGGGGACGGGAGCGCUCCGGGAGGUUCUGCCCAAGCAAGGGCAGCUGUCGGUGGAGGACGCGGCCACCAUGGUGCUGUGCAAGCCCAAGAUCCUGCCGCUGAAGUCGGUGUCGCUGGAGAAGCUGGAGAAGCUGCAGCGGGCGGCGCUGGAGGCCGCACCCGCGAUAGAGGUAGCGCUUUGUAACGGGGCUCGCGGAUUAAAGUCUGGCCUGGAACGCGGGAGGUGGUGCUGCGCGGGGCGGGGGAGGCCGCGCGUCGGGCGCUUUUCGUACAGAAGUUCCGCUGGUCGCUUCCAAGGCGAGGUUUUAAACGCGGCUUUAGAGGUACCACCCCACCUCCCCCCCCCAGAAGCUGCUCUGGGACGGCCCCGGCAGAGCGCGGGAGGAGCCGAGUUACACAACCUCACUGCUCUGAGCGGGGUUUACCAGACCCGCAGAAGCAGGGCAUCCCUUGUCCCCUGGAGCACAUCGUGUUCCCGGGCUUGGAACAGCUUCUCCCAGUACUUCUGAACACCUCAAAUCUUGUCAUGAAAACUGAAAAACACAGGAGAGGCUCCACUCUGUUCCAGUACGCAAGUCUUCCUUAGAUCCAUCUUGUUGUUGAGCAAGGGCUUGGCAAAGCUGUGCUGUACAGACACGUUCACAAUAUCUGUGCCAGCCUGGACGCUCCUACGCCAGGCACUGGUGUUUUCAACAACAGAUCUGGUAAAUACUUACCUUGAAUUUAAUUACUCAGUGCUCUCAUGCUGACUGCAAUACCAAAGGGCGGUGUUAGCUGUACUGCUGAAUUGCACAAGCUGCAGAGAUCUGAACACAAGUUAAAUUUGUUCUGUU